AUGGCUACGCAAACAGCUCAGCUCCGGACUCGUGUUCAAUUGGAAGAAUACCAAGUUAAAAAUACACACACCGUUGAUUUUCCCGGUGCAUUUCACGGUUAUGACGAUGCCUGGAGUCUCAAUAGCUUUAGAAAGAACUUCAAGAUUGAAAUCAUAAAGGUAGACAAUGAAGAAAUGGAAUUUGACAUGAUAGGCAUUGAUGCAUCGAUUGCCAAUGCUUAUAGAAGAAUUAUGCUUUCUGAGGUUCCCGCAAUGGCAAUAGAAAAGGUCGUUAUCCAUAAUAAUACAUCAAUUAUACAAGAUGAGGUAUUAGCCCAUAGAUUAGGUCUGAUUCCUAUCGCAGCUGAUCCAAAGCUAUUUGAUAACUUUAAUCCAGGGGAUACGCCGACGAACAAGAACAGUAUAACUUUCACAUUACAAAUUAAGUGUAUCAGAAAUCGCUCGGCACAUUCAGAUGCAACUGAUCCAGAAGAAUUAUAUAUUAAUUCUAAAGUAACCACCAAGGAUUUAAAAUUGAAAUACAAUGAAGAUCAAGACAAUGCGAUUCCUAACAAGGACAUACGUCCCGUCCAUGAGGAUAUCCUCAUAGCAAAAUUACGACCUGGUCAGGAAAUUGACUUGGAGAUGAUAUGUGUUAAAGGAACUGGUGCCGAUCAUGCUAAAUUUUCUCCAGUUGGUAAUAAUUUAUAUCUAUUAGUAUGGUUAAUGCCAGAGAUUAUCCUAAAACAAGCAGUUACUGGUAAGCGAGCUAAAAGACUAGCAAAAUGUUUUCCUGAAGGUGUUAUUGGAAUUAAAGAAAUCAAAGGUAUAAAGACUGCCUACAUAGAUAAACCUCGUCUCGAUACUUGCAGUAGGCAGGUAUUACGUGAUCCGGAAUUAAAAGAACAUGUAAUAUUGAAUAAAAUUCGUGAUCAUUUCAUAUUUUGUAUUGAAUCUACGGGCUCCAUCCCUCCUGCUGAUAUCUUUCGUGAAUCUGUGAAAAUCUUAAGGCAAAAAUGCCAUAAAUUUUUAGAAGAAGUAAACCGUAAUGCUAUCUCGGAUGACACCUAA